AUGUAUUCUUCUAAAGAAUUAUUGCCGGAGAAACAACGCGGCGGCGCCAAAGAGUGGUGCAUAAUUUUAGCCACCACAGCCCUCAGCCUCCACCCGCCGCUCUCUCUCCUCCUCCUCUCCCGUCUCUCCACCGCCCGCUUCAACCGCGACCAAAAAGUCCCCUUUCCCACAUCGCUUCUCUUGCACACCAAGACAACCCUACUCUUCAGCUUGCUCGUCUCCGCUGUUGCUGUCGCAGCUUACGUACAAAUUCUCACCGGCAUGAACCUCUAUUUUUUCAUCAGCAAACGGCGCCGUUUAAGCCAAGCAUGGGUCAUGCUUUUCUUGAUGCUAGUUUGCCUAAAUUUAGGGUUUGAUCUUCCCAUCAGCACUGACACGAGUUUGCGCGGCGGCGACAAUUUUGUCACGGCGAGGAGGCUGGUUUUGGUGUUGGGAGUGCAUGAAAUGAUGGUUUGCCGGAGAAACAACGCGGCGGCGCCAAAGAGUGGGUUUGAUCUUCCCAUCAGCACUGACACGAGUUUGCGCGGCGGCGACAAUUUUGUCACGGCGAGGAGGCUGGUUUUGGUGUUGGGAGUGCAUGAAAUGAUGGUUUUGUGGCGGCGGAGUGUGGUGAAGCCGGUAGUGGACGAGGCGGUUUCGGGAUUUUUCGAUGAGGGUUUCGGGUGGGCGGAGAAGGCAGUUUUGGCGGCGGCGCUAGGGUAUUUGUGGUCGCGGAGGUUGGGGGGAGAGGUUGAGGCGCUGGCGGCGCUGCCACGGAGAAGGACGGAGCUGGGGAUGGGUGUGGAAGCGGCGGACGUUUUAGGGUGGUGGUUGUAUUAUUUGACGGCGGCGAUAGGUGGCAUUAAGGUGAUUAAAGGGUUAUUUUGGGCAGCAAACAUAUUUUAUAGACAUAUCUGUAGAAUAUCUGUUCUAAGCAAUCCAUUAGCUGAUCAACAGUUGGUGUAG